AUGGCUGGCUACAAGGUCCCCAGCUCCGUGCUCAUUGUCGGCUCCGGCGUCUUCGGCCUCAGCACCGCCUGGGAGCUGACGCAGCGUCCCGCGUACGCAAACACCAAGAUCACCGUCGUCGACGAUGCCGGUGCCUGCGGCGGCGAGUUCCCGCCCCGCGACUCGGCGAGCGUGGACUCGUCGCGCAUCAUCCGCGCCGACUACGCCGACCCGCACUACUCGGCGCUGGCGGCCGUCGCGCAGGCCGAGUGGCGCAAGCAGGGGGACGACGACCUCGGCGGCCAGGGCCGCUACUCGGAGGCGGGCCUGCUCCUCAUGGCGGACAACCCGACAGCGGCCAAGAAGGGUAAGCUGACGGGCAUGGAUUAUACAAAGGAGAGCUGGCGCAACGUGGCGCGCAUCGCGCGCGAGGCUGGGUAUCCGGCAGACAGGAUACAGACCCUCGAGAGCGCCCAGGCGCUCAAGGAGCAUCUGGGCACGCCGGGACGGCCGGGGGACUGGGGCUAUCUGAAUACGCUCUCGGGGUGGGCGAAUGCGGGCGAGGGCAUGCGGUGGCAGUACAGACGGGUCAAGGCCACCGGGCGCGUCAACUUUGUCGAUGCGAAAGUCACGGAGCUCGUCACCGAGGGGAAGCGCGUUGUCGGCGCAAAGCUGGCGUCUGGCAAUGUCCUCCGCGCGGAUCUCGUCUUUGUGGCUGCUGGUGCGUGGACGGGCGCUCUCAUCGAUAUGCGUGGUCGCAUCGAGGCCACGGGCCACGUCCUCGGCUACAUUGACAUCACGCAGGACGAGCUCGAGACGCUCUCCAAGAAGCCCGUGGUGCUGAACCUCUCCUCAGGCCUCUUCAUCAUCCCGCCGCAGGAAAAGGUGCUCAAGGUGGCCCGCCACAGCUUCGGCUACCUCAACCCCGUCACCGUCCCGCGCGCGCUGCCUGUCUCGCACACCGCGCCGCGGGCGCCGAUUGUCGUGUCGCUGCCUAUGACGUCACGCAGCGGCGGCCCCGGGCGUCUGCCCACCGAGGCGGACAUUGAUUUGCGCCGCGCCUUUCGGGACCUGGUGCCCGUCGAGGGUCUGGAGGGACGGCCGUGGAAGGAGACGCGGCUGUGCUGGUACGCGGACACGCGCGACGGCGACUGGCUGGUCGACUACCACCCGGGCUGGGAGGGCCUGUUCGUGGCCACGGGCGACAGCGGGCACGGGUAUAAGUUCCUCCCUGUGUUGGGCGACAAAGUGGUCGACUGCAUCGAGGGGCGCGGCGGCGCGCUGGGCGACAAGUGGAAGUGGAAGCCGGUGCCGGAGGGCGAUAGGGUGGGACGGGAGACGGAUGGCAAGUUUGAAGGGCUGAUUACGGAGGAUGGUAGUCGGGGCGGCUACCCGGGCAUGAUUCUCAAGGAUGAGCUGGCAAAAGAAGUGGCGGCAAAGCUGUAG